UUGAUCUGUAAAGCCACCUGAGCCAGUAGGAGGAAUGAGGCACAAGGACUGGGGGACACAGCAGUGCCUGGAUCAGCUCUGGCGCUGAAAAAGCAAAGGCCUUUGAAAGCCAGAAGGGAGCAGGCACGAGGAGAUGGCAGAGCAGGGGAAGCCUCAGAAAAGAAAGUGGAACUUGAGGAGCUACUGUGUGGGAGCCGUUUCCAGCUUCCUCUCCACACUGGCCACCUUCCCCAUCUACAAGACCAUCUUCCGGCAGCAGCUCCACGCCUUCUCCAUCAGGGAGGCCGUCCACCAGCUCAGCAAGGAGGGCCUCCCCCAGUUCUACCGUGGCGUCUUCCCGCCUCUCCUGGCCAGGACCCUACAAGGCACCGUGAUCUUCGGCACCCACGACAGCUUCCUUCGCAUCCUCUCGAGGCACUCCGCUGGUCCUUACUCGCCGGGAGAACGAGCCACAGCAGGGCUCCUCUCGGGCUUCUUGGAAGCCGUGGUCCUCGGACCUUUUGAGAGGGUGCAGAACGUGCUCCAAGACGGACGGAAGGUCAAGAGGUUCCCCACAACCGGCAGCAUCCUGAAGGAGUUUGGCUCCUACGCAUUGCGGGAAAGGCUGACGCUGGGCUACUACCGAGGCCUAGGCCUUAUCCUCAUCCGAAAUGGCCUGGGCAGCUCUCUCUACUUCUCCUUUAAGGACCCUCUCCGCGACAGCCUGUCCGAGAUGGGUUUGCCUAGCAGGCUCCCUGCCCUCGUGUCGGGCAGUGUCAAUGGUACCAUCAUUUCCCUCCUGCUGUACCCUCUGAGCGUCCUCAUUGCCAAUGUGCAGUCACAGGUGGGCAAGCAGGAAGCCCUACCCCUCCGGGCCGCUGUGGCCGCCAUCUGGAGGACCCGGGGGAGGAGGGCCACGCUGCUCUACCGGGGGGGAUCCCUCCUUGUCCUCCGGUCCGGCCUCACGUGGGGCCUCACCACAGCCCUGCACGACUUCCUGCUGGAAGUCAUGGACUAGGUGGUGCUCCUCCACCACCACCUCAACCUCCUCACGGUCUGACCAGAAUCAAGUCGUUGGACCUGGUGGGGUCUCCCCUGAGCAGGAGAGGGGUGCUCCUUCUGAAGAUGAAAGGUCACCACUAGACCCACAGGCAAAACAGAAAGAGGGGAGGAAAACUGCAUGACGCACAUAAUUUAACGGGGAGGAGAGCAGCAAUAUU